AUGAUGCAAAAGUCAGAAAUAUAUGUUAGUCCAGCAUGUUUGAUAACAUCAAAUUCGAAAGAUAAUUCGUUGAAAAUUAACAAUAGCGGUAUUUUAUUGAAUGGUGGUUUCAUCAUCACGCCUGUGCUGAAAGAUGAGGGAGAUUCGCCCAUCAUCAAUGAUGCAAAUCAUGAAUUUCGUGUUAUUUUAGAAGAAAUUGAUGAACAUGGCAGCUCAAAGACAAUCCAUGAAGUUUUUGCAAUGUACAUUCUAACAUUCAACUCGUCAAAUAAUGUUAGAAAACAUAUCAAAACAUUGUUUUCAUCUUCUCAAUGGAAUUAUUUUCCAAGUCCAAAUCAUAAAAUUAACUCUUCAAUAACAUCGUUAGAAAUAAAUUUUCUGUUAUUGAAAAUAGAAAAUUCAAGAUAUUCAUACAGAACAAACUUCAACAUUCUAGCUUCGGUUACCGACGACAGAUUAAGAACAGGGGAACCAAUUUUAGUUGUUAGUACUCCAUUCGCCAAUUUAAGCCCCAAAAUGUUCAUGAAUUCGAUGAGUAGUGGAAUAAUUUCGAAUGUGGUUGGUGACGAUGGUGAGGUUUUCCUGAUUGACGGCAGAUGUGCACCCGGAUGUCAGGGCGGGACUGUGUACAGAUACAGACCUGACUGCUAUGAUCAUGUUGGUGAUUUGAUAGGCCUGGUGUUAAUUCCGAUACUUUGGAGGGGUAAGGAGUAUGUAGGACUAGCUGUUUGUUGCAACAUUCAACAUGUACUCAGAACUCUGACAUCUUUUCUCGCUGCAGCAAGUCUGAAUACAGAACUCACUCCUAAGCUAUUCCCAUCCGUGUCUAGCUUAGAAAAUUCCAUUAUAGUCCACAAUCCCUUACAGCAUAUCACUAUCUCACCAAACUCUUCAUCAAAUAUCAACAUCUCGCCAAGCCUACCCUCACCAAACAUCAGCAUCUCAUCCAGGCCCGCCUUUAGAAAUGUGGUCUACGUUGAAUGUAGAAACUCAUGGGGUUCGGGAAUUGUUGUUGAUGUGGAAGGCGGCUUAGUUGUCACGUGCUACCACGUCCUUGCAAGUUGGAAUGGUGAUACCGAGAAUGAAAAUUUGAAUUGUGAUGCAGCAGUACGAAUACCUCACUUGAAGAAAAGAUACUCUGCUAAAAUUCUCAACAACUGUAGCAGCAAAAAUACCCAAAUACUCAACAACAACCAAAACACCCAAAUACACAACAGCAGCAGCAGCAGCAAAAAUCAACCCUUUUACGAUGUAGCUGUUUUGAAACUUGCAGUUACGAGUCCCUGUGAGUUGUACGAGUGUGGUAUGACAACAUUGAAAGAAGUUGAUGUCUGUUUAGAAUUUUCAUUAGGUAUGAGCGUUUACGCAUGCGGUCAUAUGUUGUUUGAUAAGUGGCACUCUUUGAAACCUUCUGCAACUUGUGGCAUCAUUUCAAAAAUAUCCUACCAUCGUCAUGAACCAGUUUUGAUCCAGUCUUCCAGUUGUGUGCAUGCUGGGAUGAGUGGUGGUCCCUUACUUGAUGGCGAAGGUAGAAUUGUAGGAAUCAUCGUUUCUAACAUCAGGCACCCAAUUGUACUAGCCAUUAAAAACGAUACAUCCGGAGUGUGCUAUCCACACAUCAACCAACACGUUCCAAUGUCAAUUAUCUGGCCCCUUAUCUGUCAAUAUUUGAAAACAAAAUCCGACCAUGUAUUCGAAAAACUUCACACUGAUGAUGAAUCAUUGAUUGACACGUGGACUUUGAACGCAUCGGCUAAGAAGCCAGCGUUGAUGUGCCACCUCUAG